GAAGAAGAGAAGCUCGCGAAGAGGAGGAGAAAUAACAGUGACGGUGAUGAAGUAAGUCCUCCCUGUUCUGCUCCACGUGUUGUGGCCGCCGUGAGCUCAGAGGUCUGUUCCUGCUGCUGCUGAUCUGUCAUGGACUUUGGCGAGGCCAGGAUGAAGCUGCGGGAGCUGCUGGGCUCAGUGAAUCCAUCGGAGCUCCCAAACUUACUGGACUGGAUGAGAAACUCAGAUGAGCUGGAUCAGCUGCUGGUUGACAACAACAAGGUGAUCCUGCAGAGCAUUGCUGAGGACCUGAGAGCCAGACUACCCAUUGAUGCCAUGCUGCCUUCUGAGACUGCUGCACAAAAUAAGAUGCAGAUGCGGGAAAGGCCCACAGUUCACGUGGACAGCUUCCUGUACAGCGACGAGCAGGUGGAUUCUCUGUGUCAGGAAGGGGCCAUGAGCAGGAACUACUGUCUCAGCUGUGGGUCCCUCAGGACUGCGCCCCUCGAUUUCAUCUCACACUCAUUCUCAAUGUCAGAGCUUCAGUUCCUGUUCCAGAACGUUCUGCCAGACCUCAGUGGUCGGACUGUGGUGGACGUUGGUUCCAGGCUAGGAGCUGUGCUUUAUGGGGGUUAUGUCUACAGUUCAGCCUCUCGGCUCGUUGGACUGGAGCUCAGCGAGGACUUUGUCAGGCUGCAGAACGACAUGCUCCACAAAUACAGAAUGGCUGACAGAGUGCAGGUUCUCCAUGCAAACGUCUGCACUCAAGAGGUUCUGCUGCAGGGCACGGAUGUUUUGAUCAUGAACAAUGUCUUUGAGUACUUCAUGGAGCCCAGCGAGCAAACUGGAGCCUGGAAGUUCAUCAUGAAGGCCUUCAGGAAAAGAGGAUCUCUGCUGGUUACUGUUCCCAGAUUGCAGGAGAGUCUGGAUGCUCUGCAGGUACCACUACCAGCAGGCUGGGUAGAGGAGCUUCCUGUGGACUACAAUGUCUACCUGGGCAGGGAUACAGACCCAGAGGACCUCAGACAGAUUCAUCUGUACAGGGUGGUUUGAUGCCAGCAGAUCCACCAGGAGGACGACGUGUUACUCCAGACAGAAACCUGUCUUCCAGUCAUGUGACUGCACACAGAGCUCCUUUGAAUGAAACGUAUGACUACAAAACAAGUCACAUGAACAUGUGAAUGGAGAUAAAACUCACCUGUAGUGGAUCAGGUGACUACAGAAUGAAACACCUGGUGUAGAUCAUCCAGCCUCAGUGCUCCGCCUGUCAGGAACGUGUAAAGCUCUGAACCAGUGGGGUCCAGAUCUUACUGGAAGCUGUUUAAAAGGUGUGAAGCUAUGGUGGUUUGGAUCUGCGUUCUUAAUGUGGUCGUUUGUGGUCUGGUUUCAGAAUCUCCCAGUUCCCAGAUAAACUGAAGUCAGAAUGUCAACUUUGCAUGUCAGAGGUUCCUUUGCAGCUCCAACCUUAAAACGAAAACGUGACUUCUGCAUUUAUUAAAUAUAGCGAACGUUACCAUGUGGGUCUUACUACAGUUACAUCAAUUUAGUUUUCUGUUUUAAUUCUUUAUAUUUCUAAAUGGAACCAAACUUGUCUAAAAAGCACUGCUGUAGAAAAGAUUAUUCCACAAUGGUGUCAUUAAAAAACUGUUAAUCAUG